AUGGUAUGCUGUGCUGCACCUACGCAGUCAGAGCAGACAGAUUGGAGGUCACUUGCGGACGCCGGUGCGAACAUACCCAACACUCUGUAUAACAGGGGAGGUACGACACCCACGCAGCCGGAGCAGACAGAUUGGAGGUCACUUGCGGACGCCGGUGCGAAUAUACCCAACACUUUGUACGCCUCCAGAGCAGACGCGACUUACGAUGAAGAAGCUAACAACGUGUGGAAGAAAUGCUGUGGCCUGUGCAAGAAGAUGUGGCAAAUCACCAUGGUCGUGUUUGUCGUGGUCAAUGCCAUUAUGCUGCCAUAUUUAGCAGUGAUAAGCACCAUGAACUAUGAAGAGAUUUUCAAGCUGAACAGGAAGACUGGGAAGACUGAACUGCGUCUAGCUGAGCUAAUCCGAGCGAAUGGACUUCCGGGCCCUCCGGGAGAAAUGGGACCAAUAGGGCCGGCUGGCCCUUCAGGAGAAAAGGGGGCCAAGGGGCCAGUUGGGCCCCGCGGACCUCCAGCAAAUAUGGGACCGAAAGGCCUCGCUUGCCCUUGCUCUAUUGGUCCUCCUGGCGAAAAGGGAACCACGGGGCCAGCCGGCCCUCCAGGAGAAAAGGGGGCCAGGGGGCCAGUCGGCCCUGUGUCUGUCGGGCCUCGUGGACCCCAAGCAAAUAUGGGGCCGAUAGAGCCAGCUGGCCCUGGGCCUGUUGGGCCUGGUGUAAAGGGGCCCAUGGGGCCAUCUGGCCCUCCGGGAGAAAAGGGGUCCGUGGGGCCUUCAGGAGAAAAGGGAGCCACGGGGCCCGCUGGCCCUCCAGGAGAAAAGGGAGCCAUGGGGCUAACUGGCUCUUGGUCUGUUGGACCUCCUGGCCCCCCAGGUGAAAAAGGGGCCAUGGGGCCCGCUGGCCCUCCUGGAGAAAAGGGGCCCAUAGGGCCCGCUUGGCCUGGGCCUAUCGGGCCUCCUGGCCCUCCUGGAGAAAAGGGGGCCAUGGGGCUAGCUGGCUCUUGCUCUGUUGGGCCCCCUGGCCCACCUGGUGAAAAGGGCCCCAUAGGGCAGGCUUGCCCUGGGCCUAUCAUCCAGACAUCCAGAAACGCAUGA